UCAUCUCUCCUCCCUUCUUAAUCUUACUCUUUUCAUUCCUCCCUCUUCCUUUACUCUUCCCUUCUUUCAUUCCUCCCUCUUCCUUUUCCUUUCUCCUCUCUUUCUUCUCUUAUCCUUUCUCCUUAUUCCACGUCUCACUUCUUGCUUCGACUUCCAACCUUGAUUUGGGAUUUAAGUCCAAGGACCCCAGGAAUCCACUUCCAGCCCAAAAAAGAGAGGAGAUUCGAACUCGGGACCGUCCGGCCGAGAAGAUGCCAUCGGGUGGAUUCCGAAAGAUCCCAGGAGAGGACGAGGAGGAGGAAGGAGAUGAGGAUGCUGGGAGUGGUAUUACCUCCACCUUAAUCCUGUCCGUCUUCACUGCCGUUUUGGGUUCCCUGCAGUUCGGGUACAACAUUGGCGUCAUCAAUGCCCCGCAAAAGAUCAUUGAGCAGAACUACAAUGCCACCUGGAUGGAGCGCCAGGGCGUGGAGCACCCGACGCCCAUCGACCCCAAAACCCUCAAGAUGCUGUGGUCCCUCUCGGUGGCCAUCUUCUCCAUCGGAGGCAUGGUCUCCUCCUUCAUGGUGGGCAUCGUCUCAGAAUGGCUUGGCAGGAAGAGGGCCAUGAUUGUGAACAACGGCCUGGCCUUUCUCGGCGGGGGCUUCAUGGGUCUGGCGCAGCUCGGCAAAUCCUACGAGAUGAUGAUCAUCGGACGGUUCCUGAUCGGAGCUUUUUCUGGUUUUGCCUCCGGUCUGGUGCCCAUGUACGUGGGGGAGAUUGCUCCCACCAACCUCCGGGGGGCGCUGGGCACACUGAAUCAGCUGGCCAUCGUCAUUGGCAUCCUCGUCGCUCAGGUCUUUGGGCUGGAGAGCCUCCUGGGGACCCCCACCCUGUGGCCCCUGCUGAUGGGCCUGAGCGUGGUCCCGUCCGCCCUGCAGCUCCUGCUCUUCCCCUUCUGCCCGGAGAGCCCCCGAUACCUCUACAUCAUCCGCAACAAGGAGUCCAAGGCCAAAGAAAGUCUGAAGCGCCUGACGGGGCGCAUGGACGUGACGGCCUCCCUGAACGAGAUGAAGGAAGAGAAGCGCCGGAUGGACCUGGAGCGCAAGGUCUCCAUCCUGGAGCUCUUCCGCUCCCGCCUCUACCGACAGCCCCUCCUCAUCGCCGUGGUCUUGCAGUUGUCCCAGCAGUUGUCCGGGAUCAACGCGGUGUUCUAUUACUCAACGGACAUCUUCACAAAGGCCGGACUGGAGCAGCCCAUCUAUGCCACCAUUGGAGCCGGAGCCGUCAACACCGUCUUCACAGUCAUUUCGGUGUUCAUGGUGGAGUGGGCCGGGCGGCGGACCUUGCACUUGCUGGGCCUCUUUGGCAUGAGCAUAUGCGCCAUCCUCAUGAUGAUCUCUCUCCUCUUGCUGGAGCGCGUGCCCACCAUCGGCUACCUGAGCAUGGUGGCCAUCUUUGGCUUCGUGGCCUUCUUUGAGAUCGGGCCGGGCCCCAUCCCGUGGUUCAUCGUGUCCGAGCUCUUCAGCCAAGGCCCGCGCCCGGCGGCUGUGGCCGUGGCCGGCUUCGCCAACUGGACCUGCAACUUCAUCAUCGGCAUGAGCUUCCCCUCCAUCGCGGACGCCUGCGGCCCGUACGUCUUCCUGCUCUUUGCGCUGCUCCUCUGGGCCUUUGCCAUCUUCACCUACCUGAAGGUCCCGGAGACGAGGGGACGCACCUUUGACGACAUCGCGGCCACUUUCCGCCGGACACCCUCCCUGCUGGACCGCGAGGUCAAGCCCUACACGGAACUGGACGAGCUCAGCCCGGACAACCACGAGUGAAGGGGCAGCAGCUCCCUUGGGGGGGAAAGGUGGACGAUGGGACGUGCCCGAGGCCAGCAGGGAACAGAGCCGGGGAGCCUGGGCUGCGCAGUCGGGGAGGCCGGUUCUGCCGAAGCACUUUAUCUCCAGACCGAGCGUUGUCCAGCGUGUGUUCGGUCGAACCGAUUUUUUUUUUCCUUUAGGUCAGUUUUAGUCGGGAUGUAUUUUUUUUGGAUUUUUUUUAACAAACAAAAAGGGAAAUAUUUUAUUUAAUUUUCAAUUCUAAUGUUAUUUUUAUUGGCAAGACAGGUCUAGAGAGAGAUGUAGGGUGUGUCUAUAUCUCGCAGUGUGACACCGCUUGAACUGGCAGGACUCAAUGCUAUGGAAUCUCGGGAGAUGUAGUUUAACGAGGGCAGCAUCUACACUGGGGAAUUAAAUGCAGUUUUGACUCCACUUUAACUGCUAUGGAAUCCUGGGAUGUGUAGUUUUACAAGGGCAGCAUCUACAUUGUGAAAUUAAAUGUGGCCUUAACUGCUAUGGAAUCCUGGGAGAUGUAGUUUUACAAGGGCAGCAUCUACAUUGUGAAAUUAAAUGUGGCCUUAACUGCUAUGGAAUCCUGGGAUGUGUAGUUUUACAAGGGCAGCAUCUACAUUGUGAAAUUAAAUGUGGCCUUAACUGCUAUGGAAUCCUGGGAUGUGUAGUUUUACGAGGGCAGCAUCUACAUUGUGAAAUUAAAUGUGGCCUUAACUGCUAUGGAAUCCUGGGAGAUGUAGUUUUACAAGGGCUAGAUCUACACUGUGGAAUUAAAUGCAGUUUUGACACUGUUUUAACUGCUAUGGAAUCCCAGGAAAUGUAGUUUUACGAGGGCAGCAUCUACACUGUGGAAUUAAAUGUGGCCUUAACUGCUGUGGAAUCCUGGGAGAUGUAGUUUUACAAGGGCAGCAUCUACACUGUGGAAUUAAAUGGGGCCUUAAGUGCUAUGGAAUCCCGGAACAUGUAGUUUUACAAGGUCUGUACAACGUGAAAUUAAAUGCAGUUUUGACACCGCUUUAACUGCUAUGGAAUCCUGGGAGAUGUAGUUUUACAAGGGCUACAUUUACACUGUGGAAUUAAAUGUGGCUUUAACAGCUAUAGAAUCCCAGGAGAUGUAGUUUUACAAGUCUUGUACGACAUGAAAUUAAAUGCAGUUUUGAUACCGCUUUAACUGCUAUGGAAUCCCAGGAGAUGUAGUUUUAUGAGGGCAGCAUCUAUACUGUGGAAUUAAAUGUGGCUUUAACUCCUAUGAAAUCCUGGGAGAUGUAGUUUUACAAGGCCUAGAUCUACACUGUGGAAUUAAAUGUGGCUUUAACGGCUAUGGAAUCCUGGGAGAUGUAGUUUUACAAGGGCUGCAUCUACACUGUGGAAUUAAAUGUGGCUUUAACGGCUAUGGAAUCCUGGGAGAUGUAGUUUUACAAGGGCUGCAUCUACACUGUGGAAUUAAAUGCAGUUUUGACACCGUUUUAUCUGCAAUGGAAUCCCGGGAGAUGUAGUUUUAUGAGGUUGGCAUCUGCACUAUAGAAUUAAAUGCAGUUUUGACUCCACUUUAACUGCUAUGGAAUCCUGCGAUGUGUAGUUUUACGAGGGCAGCAUCUAUACUGUGGAAUUAAAUGCAGUUUUGACUCCACUUUAACUGCUAUGGAAUCCUGGGAGAUGUAGUUUUACAAGGGCUACAUUUACACUGUGGAAUUAAAUGUAGCUUUAACUGCUAUAGAAUCCCAGGAGAUGUAGUUUUACAAGGCCUGUACAACAUGAAAUUAAAUGCAGUUUUGACACCUCUUUAACUGUUAUAGAAUCCUGGGAGAAGUAGUUUUACAAGGGCUGCGCUUACACUGUGGAAUUAAAUGAGGCUUUAACUCCUAUGUAAUCCCGGGAGAUGUAGUUUUACAAGGCCUAGAUCUACACUGUGGAAUUAAAUGUGGCUUUAACGGCUAUAGAAUCCCAGGAGAUGUAGUUUUACAUGGGCUGUACAACGUGAAAUUAAAUGCAGUUUUGACACCGCUUUAACUACUAUGGAAACCCGGGAGAAGUAGUUUUACAAGGGCUGCACUUACACUGUGGAAUUAAAUGAGACUUUAACUCCUGUGUAGUCCUGGGAGGUACAGUUUUACAAAGGCUGCAUCGACACUGUGGAAUUAAAUGCAGUUUUAACACCACUUAAAUUGCUAUGGCAUCCCGGAAGAUGUAGUAUUCCAUGGGCUGCAUCUACACUGUGGAACUGAAUGCAGUUUGACACCACUUGAGCUUCCAUGUCUCAAUGUUGUCGAAUCCUGGGAGUUAUCGUUCACACCAUUUUCGCAGCAAAAGGCUGGAGGACUUGGAAAACUACAACUGCCAGGGUUCCACCACAUUGAGCUUUUUUGGAUGGCAAUUCCCAGCAUCCAUGCACGGAGCAUGGAGCAUAAAGUGGGAACUGCAUUGGAUGGCAAUUCCUAGCAUCCACGACUGGAGCAUAAAGUAUAAUUUAUUAUUUGCCACUAAUUUCCGCUUGGAUAACGAUUCUCAUCAUCCACAGUCAUGUAAUAUAAUUUGGCAUUCGUACUCUUUUGGAUUACAAUUCCCAGCAUCAAUGGAUAGAGUAUGGCAGGCCUGGGCGAACUUCGGCCCUCCAGGAGUUUUGGACUGCAACUCCCACAAUUCCUAACAGCCGGUAGGCUGUUAGGAAUUGUGGGAGUUGCAGUCCAAAACUCCUGGAGGGCCGAAGUUCGCCCAGGCCCGUAGUAUAGAAUAUAUAAUUCCAUACUCCAAGCUUUUUGUCUUCCAAAUGCAAACCAAAGGUUAUUGGAUAUGACUUUUAUGUCUGUUGUUUCCAUUGAUUUUGGGGAUUCUGGGAGUUGUAGUAAGCCCUGAAAAUAACUGUUGACUCUAAGAUACAGAUUUAUUGCUGCCUAUUUAAGGAUCAGAAGGGAUUCAAUUUUUGUUUUUUUUAACUUUUCCUUUGCUUUGAUCUCAUUGUGUGGCACAUGGGCUUUGUAGUGGCGGAAAUGGGGAUGCUUUCUAAUUCGUUUACUGAAAAACACGAGCUCAUGGGUGAGAAAUAACUGGGGUUGGAGUGCAUUUCCCACCAUUAACUAUGCUGUCUGGGGCUGAUGGGAUUUGUAGUCACACCACAUCAGGAAGCCCAGUUCUCCCAGCGGCUAAGACGUCUUAGCCAAGGAGGAAAAAUCCUUGCAAAUUCCUCUUCCUUUCCAUUUAUUUUCCAAGAUCCUUUGUGCCGCAGGUUCAGCCGAUUCAGACUACAUAUUCCAUCAUCCCCAUACAUUUUGAUAAGGACUGUGUCCAUUCAAUUCAAUGGUGAGUGACUCCCAGGAGGGGCAUCUAUAAUGUCGAAUCAGUGCGGUUUGGCCCCACUUGAACUGUUGUGGCUCAGUGCUGUGGAAUGAUGGGAGUUGUAGUCCUAUCUAUGCCAAAGAGUCAUGGUGCCUUCCUUCAACGUUUCUUAGGAUGACAUUUUUCCAAACAUUACUCAAGGGCUGGCCGUUGUAUGCCUUUCCACACAUUGGGCUGCAACUCCCAUUAUCCCCCGAGAGGUGAGGAGUGAUGGGAGUUGCAGUCCAACUUGAAAUCCUGUUAUAAAGCAGGAGCUAAAUUUCUCAAGAUGACACUUUUCCAAGCAUCACUCAAGGACUGGCCGUUGUGUGCCUUUCCAUACAUUGGGCCACAGCUCCCAUCAUCCCCCAAGAGGUGAGGAGUGAUGGGAGUUGCAGUCCAACCUGAGAUAAAGCGGGAGCUAGAUUUCUCAGGAUGACACUUAUCCAAGCAUCACUCAAGGGCUGGCUGUUGUGUGCCUUUUCACACAUUGGGCUGCAACUCCCAUCAUCCCCAGAGAGUUGAGGAGUGAUGGGAGUUGUAGUCCAACCUGAGAUCCUGUUAUAAAGCAGGAGCAAGAUUUCUCAGGAUGACACUUUUCCAAGCAUCACUCAAGGGCUGGCCGUUGCUUCCCUUUCCACACAUUUGGCCGCAACUCCCAUCAUCCCCGAGGUGAGGAGUGAUGGGAGUUGCAGUCCAACUUGAGAUCCUGUUAUAAAGCCGGAACUAGAUUUUUUUCUCUACAGAUUGCAUACUUACUGAUUUUGGGCCGCAACUCCCAUCAUCCUCCGAGAGGUGAGGAGUGAUGGGAGUUGCAGUCCAACCUGAGAUCCUGUUAUAAAGCUGGAGCUAGUUUUUCAAUCUUGCCGAUUGAAAAUAGUAACCCAAAGAUUGCAAGGAGAAACUUUACAUUGUAUGGUUCAAGAGUAUGGGAAAACUACAAGGGACUUAUAGGUUUUCUGGUCAAUUUUAAGCGGGGGGGGGGGGAGAUCAUGUCUUAAGACUCUAUGUGUGUGUGUGUGCAUGUUGAUUUGUUUUGUAUAUCAGGAAACAAAAUAUUUGUAUAUAAAGCUACUUAUACAGCG